AUGGCUCGCUUCAGAUCCUCCUGUCCUGCUUUGCUUUGCGCUGCUUUGGGCUGGUGUUGGGCCAUCUCUGGCUGUUUCCUUCCGAGCCCACAAUGGCCCCGCUGCGAGGACGUGAGACUCCAGCGCCCUGGAAGGUCAGGGCAGAGUGCUUCCAGUCCUACUGGAACGUCCUUGGCCGGGGUGUCCCUGCCAGUUGGAUUCGUAGCUGCUGCUUCUGCGCGAAGCAGGGCCAGGUUUGCCAGUGCUAGCUCGUCCUCUCCUGCGACGAACUCAGACGAGUUUCAGAAGCUCAUGGGCGUUUGUUAUGGUGCGGCAGGCAUCGCGCAUCUUUUCGAUCUGCUUGGACCGAACCUGCUGCCUGCCAUGGCUGGUGCGCCAAGCUUUCAGGAGCUCCCACUGCCAGGUCAACUUGCAGCCUUGUUCUGGUGUGCAACGGGUCCGAUUGCUUUUGCUGCAACGAGGCUGACCUCUAGGCCUUUUGGAGAUGCCUCUCUCGCUUUCUAUGGGCUCUAUGAGAUUGGCCUGGCAGCAUCGGUGACUGCAGCAUAUCCAUCAGCCGGCGUGCAGGGUGUGCUCAACGCCGUGCAAGUGCAGCUUGUGGUAUUGGCAGCUUAUGUCUUUACAGCCUGGAAGGACCAGCAGAAUGAUUCCACAUGA